GCCAUUCUUUACCAUUUUCAAAUGGUCACUAUGAUAAACAUCCGAAUGAAGCAGUGAAAAAUGAAGAGCUCACUUAUAACAGUGGCGCGAUGUCAAUACACCCAUGGCCCAUUUGGAGAGCCAUCGGUAAAGCAAUAAGUACGCCCAUUUGCAAAAUGUUUAGUUGGUUAUUAAAUCGCUGUAUGACACGAACUUUAAAGUCAUCAACGGCAGAAUUUGAAAUGUGCAGUAGAUGCGACAAGAAUCAACAACAACUAGAAACAUACAUGUCGCCCCAUGUGAGAAGUGUUUUUUACAGAGGAGAAAGGGAAUUUCAACCUUUGCUGCCUGGCAUUGUAAAAUUUAAGUAUUUAAUUCUUAAUUAUAAAAAAAUUAUAACGUGUUUGAUUGGAACAAUUAGUGCAACUAUUUAUAUCCUGAAGAUCAGUGUCAAUACCAGAGCAGAUAUAUAUACUGCUGUGUUGGGUAAUCCACCAAAUUUACACAAUACAGUAAAAAUAGAGUCAAAUUUAAGCUCAUCGGCUAAAAAUGCAGUCGUGCCUCAUUUAGUACUAGACACAUUGUACUCAAAUGUGAAUGAAAAGCUUGCAUCUAUAGAAUUUAAAUAUGCGCUUGUUGAUCCUAUAAUAAUUGGAUCUAUAGGAUUGACUUUUUUAUCAGCACAAGGAACAUCUGCUAAUGCAUCUGCCUCUAUUUAUUUCGCUUCCAACACUAUGCAGUAUUUUAUUGACGUUCGGAAAGCAGAUAAGAGCACAUCAAAUAUAAUAUUGUUAUAUUUGCAUCUCUUUAAUGGCUACCGCAGUCAUAUCCCUAGUGUUAGUGUGAAGGUGAAAAAAUUUCGGUGAACCUCUUGAAAUAAAAAUUAAGUGUUAAAUUUUAAAGCGUACUAUAAGCGAAAAGUUAAUAAUAUUUAGUAAUAAAUAACUUUAGCGAUAAACAGGUAAAACAAAUUUUUGAAAAACAGUAUAUGCACUCAAAUUAUGAAAUUAAUGCUAAAAGUAUAAAUCUGAAGUUGUGCAUACAUUUCAUAUAAGUUUUUUGUAAAUACAUUCGAACCUAAGUGUGUGUAAAUGACACACAUUCACGCCUACAACACACAUGCAAGCGUGCGUGUAUAUGGACUCAUAUACUUAUUCAAUGUCACAUGAAUAACCUCCAUACUUGCGUUAAGAAUUUUUAGUACAUGUAUUUACGAGUAAGUUGUGGGCUUAUAACUAAGAUCACAAUGGCAAAAUGGAACUCACUAUCGUAUACAGGAUUUGCUUUCCCAAUUUUAUGUUGUUCAUUACUAACGCAUAAUAAUUUAUUUGCAAUCUUAUUAAACAAAGCGGAAUCCCCGAGUCCUAGAUUCCGAUGCCGUAAUAAAGUGUACAAAGGGUUGACACGGAAUCAAAUUUGUUGUUGUUGACGAAAUGCGUUAAAGGAAUUCGAUUUCAUAUCAAAUUCUAAAAUCAGCUUACGAGUUCCGAUUUAAUAACGCAAUGUGUAACCGUUUGGCUUGACAUCAGAAACUGGCAUUAUAACGAUAACGAUACUAUUUAAACUCGAUCACUAUCGAAGACUCGAAAACAAUUUCGGUACGGUAUUUAAUUUAGAUUUCAUACCUUUAUACAAUAUGUUUCCACCAAAGCCAAACCAUAGGUUUGAGAGAAUUGCCAACUGUUUCCACUGCGUGUUUGAUGGAAGUUGUGUUUACUUUGUAAGUCGUUUGUUUACGUAUAUCUGAAAAUGUGUAUAUAUGUAUAUCUAAAUUUUAGACGCCGGCAGCCAAUCAAAUAGUCUCGAUAUUGACAAGCUGCAAAACAUUGUUGCCAUGUUUUGAUAAGAAUGGAAAAACAAAAGGGAAAAAUCACCUAAGUAAACAUUAUUGUCUCCAUUCAAUAUCAAAAUACAUGCAAACCCAGCACUAUCAGGUAAAUUGCAACGUAUAAUUUUAAGUUUAUUCCAAUAAAAAUUAUUUUUGGACAAA